GACAAGCCGCAACAAGAAUCCUGAAGAAGAAGCUCCUAAACUCUUCUCCAUGCUUCCUUUUGCCUCUUCUCCAAGCUUUCAAAAACCCUUCUCUCUCUCGUUCUCAAUCUCUCUCUCCCAAAUUCCACUUCAAUCUCUGUAAAAAACCCCUAGAAAUGGCGUCAAAAAGGCUAACGAAAUCAGCUUUAACCACCAUUAAAUCCACCUCAAAGCUAUCAAGACUCUCUCACUCGCCUCACUCUUCACUCUCUCGCACUCGCACAAUCUCCUCCUCCUCUUCACUGCUCGGCACGGCCUUUUCUCGGCCUCUAAACGACAAUAAAAAUGUCGUUUUCGCCAACUUUUCAACGAUCACUUCCACUCGCUUCUUCCACUCUUCCUCUCCUCGUUUCUCCUCUGCCACGGCCAGCUCCUCCCAGCUUGAUCCGUCUCAAUUCACUGAGAUGGCGUGGGAGGGGGUAGUUGGUGCUGUUGAAACAGCACAAGCUAACAAGCAACAAGUAGUGGAAACUGAGCAUUUGAUGAAAUCCCUAUUGGAGCAAAAGGAUGGAUUGGCGAGAAGAAUCUUUGCAAAGAUUGGAGUUGACAACUCUUCAGCUUUGCAAAUCACAAUCGACUUUAUAUCGCAUCAACCAAAGGUGACAGGUGGGACCAGUGGCCCUGUAAUGGGUUCAAAUCUCAGCUCCUUGUUGGACAAUGCGCGAAAGAAUAAGAAGGAUAUGGGAGAUGAUUUUGUUUCUGUAGAGCAUAUUGUCUUGGCAUUCCAUUUAGACAAGAGGUUUGGGCAGCAGUUUUUGAGGAACCUUGGGGUUAGCGAGAAGGAUUUGAGGGAUGCUGUUACAGCUGUUCGUGGAAAUCAGAGAGUAACUGAUCAAAAUCCUGAAGGGAAAUACCAGGCACUGGAUAAAUAUGGGAGUGACUUGACUGAGCUUGCUAGGCGUGGAAAACUCGAUCCUGUGAUAGGUCGAGAUGAUGAAAUUCGGCGGUGUAUCCAGAUAUUAUCACGUAGAACAAAAAAUAAUCCUGUUAUUAUUGGGGAGCCUGGUGUGGGAAAAACUGCAAUUGCUGAGGGACUAGCUCAAAGAAUUGUGCGUGGUGACGUGCCAGAACCUCUGUUGAAUCGGAAGUUAAUCUCCCUGGACAUGGGUGCAUUGGUUGCUGGCGCCAAGUAUUGUGGAGAAUUUGAGGAGAGGUUAAAAGCUGUGCUGAAGGAAGUUACUGCUUCAAAUGGGCAGAUCAUAUUAUUCAUUGACGAGAUCCAUACUGUUGUUGGUGCAGGGGCUACUUCUGGUGCAAUGGAUGCUGGGAACUUGUUGAAGCCAAUGCUUGGGCGAGGUGAGCUACGGUGUAUAGGGGCAACUACAUUGAAUGAGUAUAGGAAAUACAUUGAGAAGGAUCCAGCACUCGCACGAAGGUUCCAACAAGUGUUUUGCGAUCAACCAACUGUUGAAGAUACAAUAUCCAUUCUUCGCGGGCUGCGUGAGCGUUAUGAGCUACAUCAUGGUGUUAAAAUAUCAGACAGUGCCCUUGUUGCAGCAGCAGUUCUUGCAGAUAGAUACAUCACAGAACGUUUUCUGCCUGACAAAGCCAUUGACCUUGUUGAUGAAGCGGCUGCAAAGCUGAAAAUGGAGAUCACUUCUAAACCUACAGAGCUGGAUGAAAUUGAUAGAGCUGUGUUGAAGUUGGAGAUGGAGAAGUUGUCUUUGAAAAAUGACACCGAUAAAGCAUCAAAAGAGAGGUUGAGUAAGCUUGAACAUGAUUUGGAAGAACUUAAGCAAAAACAGAAAGAACUAACUGAACUUUGGGAUCGUGAGAAGGAUCUCAUGAAUCGAAUACGAUCCUUAAAAGAAGAGAUUGAUAGAGUCAAUCAAGAGAUGGAAGCUGCUGAGCGCGAGUAUGACCUGAACCGCGCUGCUGAGCUCCGAUAUGGAACUCUAAUGUCCCUUCAACGCCAGUUAGAGGAGGCUGACAAAAACCUUUCUGAAUUCCGAAAGUCCGGAAAGUCUUUGCUUCGAGAAGAGGUGACUGAUUUUGACAUUGCUGAAAUUGUAAGCAAAUGGACUGGUAUACCUGUGUCAAACCUUCAGCAAUCAGAGAAGGAGAAGCUAGUUUUACUGGAAGAGGUGCUACACAGGAGAGUAGUUGGUCAAGAUAUUGCAGUAAGGUCAGUGGCCGAUGCCAUCCGGCGUUCAAGGGCAGGACUAUCUGAUCCAAAUCGUCCGAUAGCUAGCUUUAUGUUCAUGGGCCCCACUGGUGUGGGCAAAACUGAGCUUGCGAAGGCCUUAGCCAGUUUCCUCUUUAACACUGAAAAUGCUCUAGUAAGAAUAGAUAUGAGUGAAUACAUGGAAAAGCAUGCGGUUUCACGCUUGGUGGGGGCCCCACCUGGUUAUGUUGGUUAUGAAGAAGGUGGGCAACUCACUGAAGUGGUUCGUAGAAGGCCAUAUUCCGUAGUGCUGUUUGAUGAAAUUGAGAAAGCGCAUCAUGAUGUCUUCAACAUUCUGUUACAGUUGUUGGAUGAUGGAAGGAUAACCGACUCUCAAGGAAGAACUGUUAGUUUUACUAAUGCUGUUGUGAUUAUGACUUCAAACAUCGGUUCCCAUUUGAUACUUGAAACUCUCAGUAAUACACAUGAUACCAAGGAAGUUGUUUAUGAUAUCAUGAAAAAACAAGUUGUAGAUUUGGCCAGACAACAUUUCCGUCCAGAAUUCAUGAAUCGUAUUGAUGAAUAUAUUGUUUUCAAGCCUUUGGACUCCAAAGAAAUCAAUAGAAUUGUUGAGAUACAGAUGAAUCGACUGAAAGAGAGGCUCAAACAAAAGAAAAUCGAUCUGCAUCACACCAAGGAAGCCACCGACCUUUUGGGGAAACUGGGCUUUGACCCGAACUUCGGAGCACGACCAGUUAAGCGUGUGAUACAGCAGUUGGUUGAGAAUGAAAUUGCAAUGGGAGUCUUGAAGGGAGAUUUCAAGGAAGAAGAUUCGAUUAUAGUUGAUGCUGAUGUAGCUUCAGAUCUUCCUCCCCAGAACAGAUUGCACAUCAGGAAAAUAGAGAGCAGUUCAUUAAGAGAAGCCAUGAUUGCCUGAUAGAUUUCCCUUUUGAAGUUGUAAGUAUGUAAUGCUUCGUUUUGUUUUAGCACAAGCUUUCUAGACAGUAUGGCAAGAUACUGUCUUUUCCUUUUCCUUUUCUUUUUUGCCCCUUGUAAAAAGGAAAAUGGCCAAAUAAGCGCUGCUAGUUCCAUAUUUAAGUUCAAGUUAGUUUUAAAUUCA